CCCCUCCACUUUCUGCAGCUCCUGAGUCCCAUUGGCUCGAAGGGAAAGCAGAGGCGGAGACUGCCCUGAAUAUUUGUCUCUUCCACACACCGUAAAACAGGCAGCCGGCAUGCACUGUCUGACAGCGAGAGUGGUGCUUGCAGUUUGGAAUCAGUUCCCACUCUGCAGCAGUCACUUGGGCAUCUUAUGCUCACCUCUCUUUAACGGAAAGGAACAAAAAAGCCUUGCAACAUACCAGUGAACUAAACAGGAACUGACUACAGGGGAGAAUUUGAUGCAAACAUAAAGACUAUUGGGACUCUGUGACAUAAAUCACCAAGGUGAAUGUGAAGAUAAUCCGAAACUGCAUCUGUGAGAGAGUAAACCAGUAUUUCAGAGUAGUCAAAGUGUUCUGAACUGCUGUCUGCCUCGGUCCUAGCUUACUUUAAUUGUUUUCCCAAGUUGAAAAGCCAAAGAAGGUUUUCAGUGGAAUGCAAAAGGAACAGGAGUUUUAAAAGCAGGAAGCUGAAAGGGGAUCUCCAUAAGAUGAAUUUCUCUCAGCACCGUGGGACACUCCAGCCUCUCCAUUUUUGGAACCACAGCUACAGACUGCACGGAGGUGCCAGCGAGCCAAACGCAAAGGGUCACUCCUCGGGAGGCUGCUACGAGCAACUCUUUGUAUCCCCUGAAGUGUUUGUGACUCUGGGCAUCAUCAGCUUGCUGGAGAACGUCUUGGUCAUUGUGGCGAUAGCCAAGAACAAGAACCUCCAUUCACCCAUGUACUUCUUCAUCUGUAGCUUGGCAGUGGCUGACAUGCUAGUGAGUGUAUCUAAUGGAUCAGAAACCAUUGUCAUCACGCUGCUAAACAACACAGACACAGAUGCACAGAGCUUUACCAUAAACAUUGACAAUGUCAUUGACUCAGUGAUUUGCAGUUCCUUGCUUGCAUCAAUUUGCAGUCUUCUCUCAAUAGCAGUGGACAGGUACUUUACUAUCUUUUAUGCCCUCCAGUACCAUAAUAUCAUGACAGUGAAACGUGUAGGGGUUAUCAUCACAUGCAUCUGGGCUGCUUGCACAGUCUCAGGCAUUUUGUUCAUCAUUUACUCAGACAGUAGUGUUGUCAUCAUCUGCCUUAUUAGCAUGUUCUUCACUAUGCUCAUUCUCAUGGCAUCCCUCUAUGUCCACAUGUUUAUGAUGGCUCGGAUGCAUAUAAAAAAGAUUGCUGUUCUUCCAGGGACUGGCCCUAUUCGCCAAGGGGCCAACAUGAAAGGGGCCAUCACUCUCACCAUCCUGAUUGGAGUUUUUGUUGUGUGCUGGGCUCCAUUUUUCCUGCACCUGAUUUUCUACAUCUCCUGCCCCUACAACCCUUACUGUGUAUGCUUUAUGUCCCACUUUAACUUCUACCUCAUCCUCAUCAUGUGCAAUUCCAUCAUUGAUCCACUAAUUUAUGCAUUCCGGAGUCAGGAGCUCAGGAAAACAUUCAAGGAGAUUAUAUGCUGCUGUAGCCUGAGAGGGCUUUGUGAUUUCCCUGGCAAAUACUAAACCAAAUGGAUGGAUAUGUUACUGUGUACACAACAUGCAGCACAGAUUUCCAAGCCUUCAGAUCCUCUUUCUCAGCAGAAUUUGGCUUAAAUCUUUAAGAGUGAGCACCUCUUUCUAUCUCCCCUCUCUCUCAUUCUUGUAUCCCAUUCACAUGUAAUUCAUAUUUCUGUAAAAUGUUUGCAAUGCAUACAGUUUGUAGUUUAUUUGGCUGGAAAGAGAAGCAGCACUUCACAGCAGUUUGUAAGAAGCAAAUAAAUGUAAUGAUUAAUGUGAAAUACUAAGAAACAUGAGCAGCUCUAUAUUUCAACUGCUGACAAAAUAAAUAACUUGCCUAACUUACAGUACAUAUUGAUUGAUACUGUUUCUCAUCCUGUUGAAGUAAUUGUUGCAAUCCACUAUGUUAUAUACAACUUAAAAGAGAGCAUAUA